AUGUCCCAGGAUGAUUAUGAAACGUACAAGCUUGGUGACUGGGAGCUCCAAAGCGGGGAAAAGAUCGUCGAUGCGCACAUCGCGUUCAAAACAUUCGGUGACCCCGAAUUACCAGCGAUACUGUACCCAGGCUGGUUCUCAGGCUUGCUUUCAGAUAAUUUCUGGCUGAUUGGGGAAGAUAAGACUUUGGAUCCCAGGAAAUACUUCAUCAUCGUUACUGGCCUUUUCGGCAAUGGGCAAUCUUCCUCACCAUCUAACCAGCCUACAUCUGGCCCAUUCCCCAGAGUAUCGUUUUACGAUAAUGUCAGAGCCCAGCAUGAACUGGUAAGCAAGCACUUUGGCAUCACACACCUACGUGCUGUACUGGGCUGGUCUAUGGGAGCUGGGCAAACUUUCCAGUGGGCAACUCAGUACCCAGAAUAUAUGGAUCUCGCCGUGCCAUUCUGUGGAUCAGCAAAGACUUCUUUGCACAAUCAGGUUUUCCUUGAGGGUGUAAAAAGCGCUCUUCUUGCGGUUAAGAAUACACCGUCCGCAGGGUCUGGGGAAAUCGGAGUGCAGAAGAAUCCAUCUGAGUUCCGAAUUUGGACUACCGAGGAGAAAGAAAUCGGACUCAAGGCGAUGGGCAGGGUCUAUGCUGGAUGGGGUUUCAGCCAGGCUUUCUAUCGACAGAAGGUCUAUGAGACUGUUCUAGGGUACAAAAGUCUUGAGGACUUUAUGCAGAAGUUCUGGGAAAAGUGGGCUUGUUCGAAAGGUUGGACCUACCACCUCCCUAUUUUAGUCCUUAGCUCGCGCUUACUUACGAUUUUAGACCCCGAAAACAUCUUGGUCAUGCUACAAACCUGGCAGAAUGGUGAUGUUUCCAAGCAAGAACCAUACAACGGAGACUUUGAGCAAGCCAUGUCGUCGAUCAAGGCAAAGACUCUUGUCUUGCCAGGCAAGACCGAUCUUUACUUCCCACCGGAGGAUUCGGAGUAUGAAGUUGCGUGCAUGGCGCCAGGGGUUGGAAAACUAGAUGUUUUCCCAUCUAUUUGGGGUCACUGGGCAGGAGGGCCUGGAGAUAGCAAAGAAGAUGUGGAGUGGCUGGACAAGCAACUUGGGCAGUUAUUCGCGGAGAAUGAGCCGCGUGGCAUUACAGGCUUGGUGGAGAAGAUCACAAAGGUGCUAUGA